AAAAAUUGAGUGGCGGCAGACUCACAGCCGAAAGCGUGAAGCAGAACGCACGACAAAGGGAUCUUACUGAAAAGAAAGGCAUCAAAAAAAUAGCCAAAGAUAAGUCUUACCCCCGCAGGCCGCCGGAACUCAGCAGGGGCCAAGCUGCAGACCUAUAUAACCGACCCCCCAGGGAUAGCAUCCCUCAGCCUUCAACCACUUCUCUCGUUUUCCACUGUUGAAUACUUCUGCUGCCAUGCCUGCUCCCCAGGUCGAGCCCGCACAGCUCAAGGCUCUCUCCGCCAGCGUCCGGGCCUACACAUUAGCCAAGGCCGAGAACCGCAAGUACUUCACCCUGGAUGUGAGACUCAGCGACACGGAGCGGAGCAAGCCCCUGGACAUACCCUGUCCGAACCACCUAGGGAUCCUGUACGGAACCCAGACGAGGGGCACGCAGAACAUGGUGUCGUACACCAUCAUCUUCCCGGGGUUCUCAAACCUGGCGGCCGGCCUAACCGUCUGGAUCAAGAAUUCCCAGGGCAAAACCGCCGAGGCACUGGUUGCCGCGCUGGCGAGCGGUAUCGACAAGCUUGCCGCUCAACCGCAGACUGUCGUCCAGCAGGUGGUCCUGUGA